AUGGCAUCUUCUUUGGCAGAUUUCAUCCUUAUAGGGCCCGGAACCUUCCUCUACACGCCUCCAAAGCCGACGCCUGGACAGCUCAUCAUACUCUGCACCUGGCUGGGCGCUGCACGCAGGCAUAUUGCAAAGUAUACAGCUUUGUACCGUUGCAUCGCCCCGAACGCUCGUAUUCUGCUUGUUGAAAGCUCAGUCGGCAUCCUCGCAAGCGCGUUUGUCCGCCCACAACGAGUCAUGGAAUUCGCACCUGCCGCGGCCGCCGUCCUAGAUACGCUGGCUGAGUGCGAGCAUCGCUCUUCGUCUCAUCCAAAAAGGUCCGCAAACGGACGCCUCAGCGACGAGAUGACAAAUUCCCGGACGUGCCGAUCCACGCCUUCAUCCAGCUACGCGCAACCCAAGACACUCAUGCAUAUCUUCUCAAACGGCGGGAUGAAUUCAGCGACCCAUCUUUUGCGCGUUCUCCGCUCACGCAUGGACCAGCCUCUGGCGCUCACAGGCAUGAUGUUCGACAGCUGCCCGGGUAAGGCGACAUCCUACUGGCAGACGUUCGAUGCGAUGGUGCUUUCCUUUCCUAAGACCAUCUUCUGGCGCUUCUUGGGCGCCUUAGCAGUCCACUGUUUCUUGAUCUUCGUGUCCUUGUACAUAGCCUGUGGGUAUGAAAAUCCGGCAACUUUUUGGCGGAGGGGGGUGUUGGAGGAGAGCAGUCCAGCCCGUGGGGCAUGUUAUCUAUUUUCAAGAGAGGACCGUAUGAUCGAGUGGACAGACGUUGAGCAGCACGCAGAGGAAGCGAGGAGGAAAGGUUGGAGGGUCAAGGAGGUCCUAUUCGAAGGGAGUGGGCACUGCGCGCACUUGACUAUGGAUAGAAGAAGAUUUAAGGCUAAUAAAGACGAGCGGUAA